AUGACGUUCUCCCAAUAUAAGAAGUGGUCGUAUACACUCGCCGUGUCUAUAUCAACAUUGGCCGUUGCUCUGGUAUCCUCCGCUUAUUCUGGUGGCAUGAUCGAGAUAAUGGAAGACUUCAAAAUUGGAUCUGAGGUUGCAACACUUGGUAUAUCGCUUUUCGUCAUCGGCUUUGCAAUUGGACCUUUGCUUUGGGCCCCGUUGAGGGCAAAAAACUCAUGGUCCCUGAUUAUUUUCCGAUUUUUUGCUGGCUGUUUUGGAUCGUCACCACUCACCAAUGCCGGCGGCAUCAUCGCAGACAUUUUCUCAGCCCGUCAUCGAGGAUUAGCCAUGAGUAUUUUUGCAUCGGCUCCUUUUAUGGGCCCCGUUCUCGGGCCUAUUGUUGGAGGGUUCUUGGGCCAAAGUGCGGGGUGGAGAUGGGUUAUGGGGCUUCUAGCAACCUUCACUGGAGUUGUCUGGAUUGGCUGCAGUUUGUUCGUUCCAGAAACCUAUGGACCUGUGCUGCUACGAAGAAGAGCUGCUCGAUUGUCAUCACUGACUGGAAAAAUCUAUAUGUCUCAGCUAGAUGUAAGGCAGGGAGGAACUCCGUCAGCAGCAGAAGCAUUCAAAACCGCCCUUUCCCGCCCCUGGAUCCUUCUUUUCAAGGAGCCUAUUGUGCUCCUCCUAAGUAUUUACAUGGCAAUAAUCUAUGGCACGCUCUACAUGCUCUUCGCAGCUUUCCCAAUCGUCUACCAACAAAAGCGUGGCUGGAGCCAAGGUAUCUCUGGACUCGCAUUCUUGGGUAUUCUGGUUGGCAUGCUCUGUGCGCUUGCCUAUACUAUAUGGGAUAACAAGCGAUAUAUCAACACCCAGGCUAAAUACAACGGCUUUGCGCCGCCCGAAGCCCGUCUUCCGCCUUGCUUGCUUGCAUCAAUUGCUGUCCCUGUGGGCUUGUUCUGGUUUGCAUGGACGAACUACCCUGAUAUUCACUGGCUUGCCAGCAUCGCAGCAGGAGCUCCAUUUGGAUUCGGAAUGGUCCUUCUUUUUCUGAGCGUGAUGAAUUAUCUCAUUGACGCCUACACUAUUUUUGCAGCCUCAGUCCUUGCCGCCAACUCGGUUCUUCGUUCAAUCUUCGGAGCAGUAUUCCCUCUUUUCACCAGAUACAUGUACGAUGGACUUGGAAUCCACUGGGCUUCUUGCAUACCAGCAUUUCUAGCAUUGGCAUGCGUCCCAUUUCCUUUCCUAUUUUACAAAUACGGGGCCGCAAUUCGCAAAAGUUGCACAUUUGCUGCACAAUCAGAUGCAUUCAUGCGGCAGAUGGUCAAGGGAGCAGCCAUCAAGCAGACUGAAUCAGUGAUGCCCACUACAGCAGACCAACACGAAGCUCCAGACAUGGAGGAAAAGCACGAGCGCACGCGGUCAAUCUCUGACACAAGCAGCACUAAGUCCGGAAUUAACGAGCUGCAUACUCAGCCGAGUCAUCGCAGCCGGACCUUCUCUAUGCAUUCACGUCGGACUAGCUUGGUGGAGUCGAAGCUGGCUUACGAGGAGAACCCGUACGAUAUUGAUCGUGUGAACACCGGUGACUCAUUCAAAAAAUAG